AUGAAUUAUGAACCUUUGGAUUCGCUUCCAUAUAUCGACGAAGAUGUUACAGAUGAAGAAAGACAAAAUAUAGAAAAACUGAUACUUGAGGAACUAUCAUUAAUAAAACUAAACGAGAUCCAUCCAAAAGUUAAAGAAUUAUAUACAUUACCUCAACCACACCAUCUGAUUGCUGAUAUUGGCGAGGAGGAAUUAACAGACCCUGGAUUUUCCUUGGGUGGAAUUGAUCUUUCAGAUUAUUCAAAUUUAGAAAAUACCGAAUCAUUACAGAAAUCACUGGUAUUCACAAGUUUAAGAAAUAAAUCAUUAAAAUUAUCUAGUCAGUUUGUAAUGACCAAUUUGAACAUUCAAAUGAACAAAUCAAACAAGAAUUGA